GCACACACUGUAGUGGAAAAUAUUUGCCCGACCAGCAAAUGGGAGAGCAGGUUUUUGUCAAUCUUCUCGAAUCCCGAGCUAUUCCUUUGAGUGCUUGAGAACGCGCACUGCGCAAGAGACGGCGUAAGAAAGAGCCAGGCGCCAGGCAGUCAAUCCAAAAGCAGACAGAGUAACAACAGCAACGCCAAUCAUUCUUCUCACCUUCACCGACCACUUCGACCUCCUUCAAUCCACUCACUACAGACAGUCUUGGCCGCUAUGUUCACGCGUGGUCUUGUUGCCAACACAUUACGACAACCAAUCCGUACAGGAUCGAUUCUCGUUCCUCGUCGUACUUUGGCUUCAGUCGUAAACCGUGGUCCGAUCACUCAAACAACCACUUUAUCAAAUGGUUUAACAGUUGCAACAGAAUCAAAUCCUGCCGCUCAAACAGCCACUGUGGGAGCAUGGAUCGAUGCAGGCUCUCGUGCAGAGACUGACCGUACAAACGGAACAGCUCACUUUUUGGAACAUAUGGCUUUCAAGGGAACCGGUAAAAGAUCACAACAAGCAUUAGAAUUGGAAGUGGAAAAUAUGGGUGCCCAUUUGAACGCAUACACAUCUCGUGAACAAACUGUGUAUUACGCCAAAGCAUUCAGAAAGGACGUCGAAAAAGCUGUUGAUAUCAUUUCUGAUAUCUUGCAAAACUCAAAAUUAGACACUGCUGCUAUCGAACGGGAACGUAACGUUAUCCUACGUGAACAAGAAGAAGUUGACAAACAAACCGAAGAAGUCGUCUUUGAUCACUUGCACUCUGUUGCCUUCCAAGGUCAAGCUUUGGGUCGCACAAUCUUGGGACCAAAGGACAACAUCUUGUCUAUCAAACGUGAAGAUUUGGCCUCUUACAUCAAGACAAACUACACUGCUGAUCGUAUGGUCCUUGUCGGAAGCGGAGGUGUUGAUCAUGAUGCUUUGGUGAAGUUGGCAGAGAAACAUUUCAGCUCUUUGCCUGUUUCAUCUAACCCAAUCCCUCUUGGUGGACAAUCUAGCCCAAAGACCAAAUUCGUUGGAAGUGAAGUUCGCGUUCGUGAUGAUAGUCAACCUGCCGUUCACUUUGCUUUGGCCGUUGAAGGUGUCAGCUGGCAAUCACCUGACUUCUUCCCCAUGUUGGUCAUGCAAGCCAUUUUGGGUAACUGGGACCGAAGCACAAGUGCUUUGACCACACGUUUGGCCGGUUUUAUUAAUGAACACAAACUUGCCAACUCUUUCAUGCACUUUUCUACAUCUUAUUCCGAUACCGGUUUGUGGGGUGUUUACGUUACAUCUGAAGCUGUUGACCGUUUGGAUGAUUUGACUCACUUUAUUCAACGUGAAUGGCAAAGAAUGUCAACAAGUGUUUCGGAAGGUGAAGUUUUCAAAGCUGUUGCUCAAUUGAAAGCAGGAUUAUUGUUAGGAUUGGAUGGAUCGACACCCGUUGCUGAGAGUAUCGGUCGUGAGAUGGUAACAACCGGACGUCGUUUGAAACCUGCAGAAAUUGAAGCCGCUUUAGACUCAAUCACUGCAAAGGAUAUUCAACGUGUUGCACAAAAGUAUCUAUGGGAUCAAGAUAUUUCUUUGGCAGCUUAUGGACGGGUUGAAGGACUUUUGUCUUUGGACCGUAUUCGUGCUGAUCAAAGUUCUAUGAUCUUCUAAGGUGGCAGGAAAAAAAGAUGUUCUUUUCAUACUUUAUCAUAAUAUCAGAUUAGAUA